AAGGCAAGUCAACGUAAGCAAAGACGACACCACUGAGCACCCUGUUUUGGUUCUUUACAGUCGAUAGCUUCAUUGCUUAAAAGGUAAUGUUAAAUUCAGGAACAUUUGAGAGCAGCAGCUAAAAUAAAAGAGGAGCAGAUUAAAAACACGGAUAAAGCAGUAACUGUACGGGCCGGCCAGCUAUGGGGAAUGGUGGCAGCAGGGUGAACUCAACAGCUGUCGGGAUAGCUGUGGGUUUUGGGAUCCUGAUCAUUCUUUUCACCAUUGGAAUUGUGCAGUUCUGCUGCAAGUACAAAUGCAAAAAGUUGAAAAAGUGCUGCAAGAAGAAAAAGAAGAAGCAGAAGAUGGAGUUUAAAGACAAAAUUCUCACAACAGUUGGCAUGAAAAAGUCAACUCCUCCUUUCUCGAUCAGCGGCUCCAUAAAAUAACAGUGUUGUCUAGAAAGUCAACCCACGCCACAUACAUUGCUCUAGCUAAGCAAUUGUUUCCAGAAUAUGUGUAUUUAGGUGUUCUUGCUUUACUUCAUUUUUAUGUUUAAACUUAAUAACUUUUAGUUUUUAACUUCUUGUUUUUGCAAGAAGUUCUGACACUAAACUAGAGACUUUAUUUGCCAAAGCUGUUUUUUGGUUAUGUAUCCCAAACAUACCCUUUCUUGAAACAGAAAAAAAAAACAUUGAUUACAUUGCAUCUGACUGUCUAAGUGUAUAAUUUUGUUUUGUUUUUAAUUUAAUCUUUUUUAAAUUGAUGAUUAAACAUGUGAACCAGAAUUUCACUGAAGUUUCACUCCGUGUGGCAAUGUGUCAUGAGAAACUAACAACAUGAAGUGGUAUCGAGUGAUACAAAUGUGAAAGUGCACAUACUCACACACACAAAAGCAGUUACAUUUUCUUGCUUUGGAAUUUUAUUUUCAUUAUUUCAUAUAAAGCCAGGUUAUCGCAACAGAUCAGUCCCAGCCCGCGCAGUUUUCUUGUAAACUGCAGGUGACUUCUUUCCAAAUUCAGGAAGGAACAUCAUCCUUUUGUUUUACUUUCUAUCUUUGGUGUUACUUGAAUGUCUCAUUGUUUUCUCUUUCGGGAAAGUACAUGUUUGUCUCGGUGUAGGUUUGUUUCUUUUAAGAACUAUCUGUAACACUGAUGCUUUCUGUGAGAAAUUAUCAAGGGGCAUUUUUCCAAGCAUUUCUGAGCAUCUUUUGAGAUGAUUUUCUUGUUUGAUCAGUAGUGGUUUUAGGCACGGGCUGUGCGGACAAUUUCCUGGGGCGCAAAUUUAAAGGGGGUGGCGGCUCAGUGCUUGGAAACAAAACCAAAAAAUAAGAGAAAUCUGCGCCACUAUAGGUUUUCUAUUAUUUGUUAUAUCACAGAGUUUGGAACGACGUGCAACCUGCGAAUUGGCGUCCCCUGCAGCUGCAUGCGGUCUUGCCUGUGAGAAGGUCCCGCAAAUGCAGUGAAGAAAAUCAGUGGGAGGAGUGGACGGUCAAGGAUGCUAAGUGAAACGGCGCACAUAGCGAAGCCUCGAUUGCGCAACACCUGGAUCAUCGCAUGCCUUCAGAUUUUUCAGCUUAUGCUAAGAAUGUUAUUCUUUAUUAACUAAUGUAGACAUUUUUAUUACAUCUCUUUCUUUUCCAUAUUAAAUGUAUUUUAUGGAGAGCAAAAUAUUAUCCGUUAUUUAAGGUUUAACUUGAUUUAUUCUGGAUUAAUUUUCUUGUCUGUUUUUGUUUAUAUUUAUGUUCAAAAAGUUAAGUUUUAAAGGUUUAAAAGUUUAGCUUAAGUGUGUUCAAUGAAUGUUUAUCUUGUUUGGCCUGCAAACUAAAGCGUGUUUUGGAUUUAUGCUGCCUGUGCGACUGAGUUUGACACUGCUGUAAUACGAGUUUACAAAAUUCAUUCAUUUAUUGUGUAAAAUGGGCAAAUAAAAAUGGUGAACACAAAA